UCACGCAUAUAUACGCAGCACGGGGGCCGAAGCUCACACUUUUUGAGCUUGAGUUGCUUUAGCUCUUACCGACUUGACGUCUCCACGUUCUCGGAAUUGUAAAAUAACAGUUGAAAUCAGCAUUCAUCAUGCCUGGACGUCCGCUUUGGCAGGUUGCUGGCAAACGAGAACCGGAACAAGAGGCUGAGGCUCAGCAAUGGAUUGAGAGAGUGGUCGGUGAAAGAUUUCCACCAGGUGUGAGUUAUGAGGACGCUUUGCGAGAUGGUGUGUUGCUUUGUAAACUUAUGAACAAAUUGCAACCAGGUCUCAUCACCAAAAUUAAUACGUCUGGUGGUGAUUAUAAGAUGAUGGACAAUCUUAAUCAAUUUCAGAAGGCUUGUGUGAAAUAUGGAGUACCAGAUGUGGAUCUGUUUCAAGCAGUCGAUCUUAUAGAAAGGAAAAAUAUCGCUCAAGUGACCAACACAAUUUUUGCGAUCGGUCGCACUACAUAUAGACAUCCAGAAUGGCGUGGACCAUGGCUAGGACCAAAACCGUCAGAAGAGAAUAAACGAAAUUUCACGGAGGAGCAACUAAGAGCUGGUGAAGGCUAUAUCGGUCUCCAGGCUGGUACCAAUAAAGGUGCAACCCAAGCUGGUCAAAACUUUGGAGCAACAAGAAAGAUUCUUCUUGGAAAAUAAUAUUUAUGUCUACAAUAUUUUCUAAUAUUCUAUUUUUGUUAAGACUUUUAACUUGUUCAAAGUUAAUUUCAAACAGAUUGUCUUAAAAUGAAUAUUGAAUUAAUUAUAAUUAAUUUUAUUAACAAAGAAUUACAUUAAACUUCUUAACUAUGUAUAAUAAGUUAUAAACACGUAGAAGUUGGAUAUUAAUAAUUUUGAUCCAAGUAAUUAUCAUUAAUAAGAUUUAUAAAUAUAAAUAUAACAACAAUUUCAUUAAUGUUGAGUCAAUAAAGUCAUCAGUUACGCUGAAA